AUGACCAACAGUAGGACAGCGCAAGAGCUGAGCCGUCUCGAGGAGCUGCAUCUGCACCGCGAGCUCAAGCAAGUCAUCCUCGAAUACAUCAUCGAUAUGUACCAACCCGCCUACCCCAACAACCAUGGUUUCUCUAUCCUCAUCUGCCGCCAUGAGUUUGACCGCUCCUCCUCCAUGGCCGCGACCGCGCCCAUGGGCCGCCGCAACGAUAGGGGAGAAGAGUUUAUCAUGAUACGCGCGGUUACACUCAGCGAGCCCGGAACGAAGAAGUGGACGCUCGUAGCUGAGAGCAGCAAGGCGUAUUUCGGUAUCAUCCCUGCGUUGCAAGAGUUUACGAAAGACUUGGAGCGAGAAAUGGGAAAGAUGACAGCUUCGAUGACUGUAGGAAACAAGAGGCAGCGCAGUGACAAGGAUGAGGGCUCGAUCGAUCAAGGUGAGUACAUCUCAGGUUAUCAGCGCAAGAGGCAGAGGUAG